CUACUUGCUCUCUUAAGAAAUAUCUGUUUCCACAAGAAGAGAGUUCUCUUCCAUUCUGUUUUGUCUGUUUCCUUUGAUUAUUCCUGUUCUACGAUGUGAUAGCACAUUUAGAAAUUAUAACCAUUGUGAAUUAUUUUUAAAAAGUCAGAAACAUCAUCUUUUCCUCAAAAUCAUACCGAUUCCUUUUUAAACACAUAAUUUUAUCGUGUUUUAGUAGACAUCAAAAUAUUUCUGCCAAGUUAAUGCUCUUCGGCAGGUAACAGAAAUAUGACAAAGAACAUUUCACAUCUCCUUUCACAAUUGGGAUGGCUAAGCAAUGAAAAGGAUAUCUGCCCUAGAAGUAAAAUAACUUUCAUUUACUGAAACUAGCUAACCAGCUUGUGUGGUAAAUGAGAGGAAAGUCCCGCAUGGUGUUUGUAUUGCUGUACUUUUUAAACCUGCUGUUGUAUGUGUCUCCUUUUGCCUAAUUCUCUGAUUACACUGGUACACCUUGUGCUGGUUCUGACCUCGUUACACUAGAGUCACCCCGAAGGCUUCUGACUGGGCAUAAAAUAUGCCUGGUAUUAAAUCACUACUCUUGAAGUUGUUGACUAUAACUACUCAAGAUAAUGAUAUUUGUGUAUUUUUAAAAAAUAAAUUAAUGCUUGUGUUUAGAUAUAACAGAUUCUGUUUUUAAAAACUUAAUUAGAAAACGUUUUCUCUUAAGUUGCAUAUAUGUGUGUAUGAAUGUGUUUACUAUAGUGUGAAGGAAAUCCUCCUUUCACGUGAUGACAUCUUGUCUCCCCUUCCAUGAGUUGCCAUGCAAUUUUAUCAGAAUGCUUAGAGUAACCAAUUUCAUGUUGAAUAUGACAACUUAUGGCUGUACAUUGUUGACAUAGUUAGUAUUGACAUCUGGUGGUUUGUAAUUGGGCUAGAUUUGCGUAAAAAUGUUUUUCCUCUAAAUGAACAUGAUGAUUUGAAUAAUUUUUCUAGUCUAAGGAUAAUAUCAAAGAAUUUAUUGAAGCACAUUUUAAUUGGAAUUUUAAAGUCUAUUCUAUCAAUGUAAAGAAAGUACCCAAGACCAGUUUUGAACAUAUUAUUUGUUGACAAAUAAGAAUGUAUCAGCCUUUUCAGAAAAUGAUCCUUUUUUAAGAAAAGCUAAUUAAAGCUUAUAUAGCAUAUACUCAGGAAAAUGAAACAGGGCACCCAUUUCAGUAUGUAUUAUGUUUUAUAAUUCUGAUUACUUGUUUAUACAGUAAAUAAGUGAAUCACAUAUGAUACAAAUAUGUACAAAUAAUAGUGCAAAAGGCACUCUGGUAAGUUUACUAUUAGAGAAUGAAACUCCUGGUGCUUUAGUAGAGAUGAAAUAUCUUUGUCUCAAAGGAGUUUGAAAAGUCAGAACUAAAUGCUUUACAUUGUUCUUGUUUUUAUGCUAAGAAGGGUCAUGUUGUUGGCUUAAAAAUGUAUGUGUAAGGCCAAAAUCUACCAUUGAUUCUAGGCAUGUAAUUUCUUUUGGAGUCAGUGGGACAGUGUGGCGAUAACUGAGUGCAGCAUUUGGCCCUGUGUGAAAGUCGUGUUUGCUUAUGAAGUGAAUUUUUCAGUAUCAUUAAUUGUCUUCAUUGUCGUACAUUUAUUCUUGAGAAUCAAGAGCAACUCAGCUCGGGCUAAACCACACGGUUUCCUCCACUACAUGAACAAUCAGGCUCUCCACGACAAUGCAGAUCUGUUCUCCUAUUCACUCAAGUUCAUAGUUCUGUGACAUUUUGGAAUCGUCCCUUUCCCCUUUACCAUGAAAGUUGUUAGAUUCCAUUGCCAUGUCUUCCACCACACUAAUGCCUGUUCUCUUCAUGCUAGUUUGGGUUGUAACAAUGCUGUUCCUUCCUACCCCUUGUUGCCAUCCAAAUCAUCUUGCCCAUGACCACGAGAUUGGUUUUACUAAAGCAUUGCUAUGUUUGUCUAUCUACUCUUCAGUUAUCUUCUGGGACUUCUAGUAGCUGCCAAACACCUAGGCUGGGUAUUUUGAAAACCUUCCAUCAUCUGGCACCUACUUAACUUUUCCAGUCUCACUACUAUGACUCAACAACAAGGUCCCUCUGCUUCAGGUGGGAAUGAGAUCUCGAAACCAAGGUGGUGAAAGUUCAUCUGAUGGGCAUGUCUCCUGUCCCAAGCCCUCCAUCAUCGGCAAUGCUGGUGAAAAAAGUCUCUCAGAAGAGGCCAAAAAGAAGAAGAAAUCAAAUAGGAAGGAGGAUGAUGUCAUGGCCUCAGGAACUAUCAAACGACACCUAAAAACAUCUGGAGAAAGUGAACGAAAGACUAAGAAAUCCCUGGAGUUAUCCAAAGAAGACCUCAUCCAACUACUCAGUAUAAUGGAAGGAGAGUUGCAGGCCAGAGAAGACGUGAUCCAUAUGCUGAAGACGGAGAAAACCAAACCUGAGGUUCUGGAGGCUCAUUACGGGUCUGCGGAGCCAGAGAAAGUGCUGCGGGUCCUGCACCGAGAUGCCAUUCUUGCCCAGGAGAAAUCCAUAGGAGAAGAUGUCUAUGAAAAACCGAUUUCAGAGCUGGACAGACUUGAGGAAAAACAGAAAGAAACCUACCGGCGCAUGCUAGAGCAGCUGUUGCUGGCCGAAAAGUGUCACAGGCGCACCGUGUACGAGUUAGAGAACGAGAAGCAUAAACACACUGACUACAUGAACAAGAGCGACGACUUCACCAACCUGCUGGAGCAGGAGCGGGAGAGGUUAAAAAAGCUCCUUGAACAAGAAAAGGCUUAUCAAGCCCGCAAAGAAAAGGAAAAUACUAAACGGCUCAAUAAACUAAGAGAUGAACUUGUCAAACUCAAGUCCUUUGCACUCAUGCUGGUGGAUGAAAGACAAAUGCACAUUGAACAACUUGGCCUGCAAAGUCAGAAAGUACAGGAUCUUACUCAGAAGCUGAGGGAAGAAGAAGAAAAGCUCAAAGCCAUUACUUCCAAAUCCAAAGAAGACAGACAGAAAUUGCUCAAGUUAGAAGUAGACUUUGAACACAAGGCUUCAAGGUUUUCUCAAGAGCAUGAAGAGAUGAAUGCUAAACUGGCUAAUCAAGAGUCUCACAAUAGGCAACUUAGACUCAAACUGGUUGGCUUAACCCAAAGAAUCGAGGAGCUAGAAGAGACCAACAAAAAUCUGCAGAAGGCAGAGGAAGAACUUCAGGAAUUAAGAGAUAAAAUUGCCAAAGGAGAAUGUGGAAAUUCUAGCCUCAUGGCAGAAGUGGAAAAUCUUCGAAAGCGUGUGCUUGAAAUGGAAGGUAAAGAUGAGGAGAUCACUAAAACUGAAUCCCAGUGUAGGGAACUGAGGAAGAAGUUGCAAGAGGAAGAACACCAUAGUAAGGAGCUCAAACUUGAAGUUGAGAAGCUACAGAAGAGAAUGUCUGAACUGGAGAAAUUGGAAGAGGCAUUCAGCAAGAGUAAAUCUGAGUGCACCCAGCUACAUUUAAAUCUGGAGAAAGAAAAGAACUUAACCAAAGACCUGCUAAAUGAAUUGGAGGUGGUCAAGAGUCGAGUUAAAGAAUUGGAAUGUUCUGAAAGUAGAUUGGAAAAGGCUGAAUUAAGCCUAAAAGAUGAUCUUACGAAGUUGAAGUCAUUUACCGUGAUGCUGGUUGAUGAAAGGAAAAAUAUGAUGGAAAAAAUAAAGCAAGAAGAGAGAAAAGUGGAUGGACUCAAUAAAAAUUUUAAGGUGGAACAAGGAAAAGUUAUGGAUGUAACUGAAAAACUAAUUGAAGAAAGUAAGAAGCUUUUAAAACUAAAAUCUGAAAUGGAGGAAAAAGUAUACAACUUGACAAGAGAAAGAGAUGAGUUGAUAGGCAAAUUGAAAAGUGAAGAAGAAAAAUCCUCUGAAUUAAGCUGCAGUGUUGACUUACUAAAGAAGAGACUUGAUGGUAUAGAGGAAGUGGAAAGAGAAAUAACAAGAGGAAGGUCACGAAAAGCGUCUGAGCUCACCUGCCCGGAUGAUAAUAAGAUUAAGGAACUAACACUUGAAAUUGAGAGACUGAAGAAACGUCUCCAACAAUUGGAAGUGGUCGAAGGGGAUUUGAUGAAGACAGAAGAUGAGUAUGAUCAGCUGGAACAGAAAUUUAGAACUGAGCAGGAUAAGGCGAACUUCCUCUCUCAACAACUAGAGGAGAUCAAGCACCAAAUUGCCACGAAUAAAGCAAUCGAGAAGGGUGAGGUUGUGAGCCAGGAAGCUGAACUGAGACACAGAUUUCGGUUGGAAGAAGCUAAAAGUCGAGACUUAAAAGCUGAAGUACAAGCUCUUAAAGAGAAGAUUCACGAAUUAAUGAACAAAGAAGAUCAGCUUUCUCAGCUCCAGGUAGAUUAUUCUGUACUUCAACAAAGAUUUAUGGAAGAAGAAAAUAAGAACAAAAACAUGGGGCAGGAGGUCCUCAAUCUGACUAAAGAGUUGGAGCUUUCCAAGCGCUACAGCAGAGCUCUUAGGCCCAGUGUGAAUGGAAGAAGAAUGGUGGAUGUUCCUGUGACAUCAACUGGAGUCCAGACUGAUGCAGUCAGCAGUGAAGCAACAGAGGAAGAAACACCAGCUGUAUUCAUACGGAAAUCCUUCCAGGAAGAAAAUCAUAUUAUGAGUAAUCUUCGGCAGGUGGGAUUGAAGAAACCCAUGGAAAGAUCCUCUGUUCUAGACAGGUAUCCUCCAGCAGCAAAUGAGCUCACUAUGAGAAAGUCUUGGAUUCCAUGGAUGAGAAAGAGGGAAAAUGGCCCCUCAAUCACUCAGGAGAAAGGGCCCCGAACAAAUUCCAAUCCAGGGCACCCAGGAGAGGUAGUCCUUUCACCAAAGCAGGGCCAGCCCCUGCAUAUUCGAGUGACACCAGACCACGAGAACAGUACUGCGACUUUGGAGAUAACAAGCCCAACAUCUGAAGAAUUUUUUUCUAGUACCACUGUCAUUCCUACCUUAGGGAAUCAGAAACCAAGAAUAACCAUUAUUCCAUCACCAAAUGUUAUGCCUCAAAAACAAAAAAGUGGAGAUACAACUCUUGGCCCAGAACGAGCCAUGUCCCCAGUCACAAUUACUACAUUUUCCAGAGAGAAGACUCCAGAAAGUGGAAGAGGUGCAUUUGCAGACAGGCCCACAUCCCCUAUUCAGAUAAUGACAGUGUCUACAUCAGCAGCACCAGCUGAGAUUGCAGUUUCUCCCGAAUCCCAGGAAAUGCCCGUGGGACGGACAAUCCUCAAAGUCACCCCAGAAAAACAGACUGUUCCAACUCCAGUACGGAAAUACAACUCCAAUGCCAAUAUCAUAACCACAGAGGACAAUAAAAUUCACAUUCACUUAGGGUCUCAGUUUAAACGGUCCCCUGGGACUUCAGGUGAAGGAGUCAGUCCAGUUAUUACUGUCCGACCAGUAAACGUGACAGCCGAAAAGGAGGUUUCCACCGGCACUGUCCUUCGCUCUCCCAGGAACCACCUCUCCUCACGGCCUGGUGCGAGCAAGGUGACGAGCACUAUCACCAUAACACCAGUCACAACGUCAUCUGCUCGAGGAACCCAGUCAGUGUCAGGACAAGACGGGUCAUCCCAGCGGCCUACACCCACCCGCAUUCCUAUGUCAAAAGGUAUGAAAGCAGGAAAGCCAGUAGUGGCAGCCCCAGGAGCAGGAAAUCUGACCAAAUUCGAGCCUCGAGCUGAGACUCAGUCUAUGAAAAUAGAGCUGAAGAAAUCUGCAGCCAGCAGCACCACCUCUCUCGGAGGGGGGAAGGGCUGAGGGCAGUGGCUAAGGGGGUAUGUUGUGCAGAUGCUACUGCUGCCGUGAAGGUGAACCUUCAUCUGUUUGUGCCAGUUCUUUACAUGUACUAAUUUAAGUUUUAAAUAUUGUGUUUAUAAAAUAACCAACUAAUAACCAUGUGUCUUUCCUAUUUUGUGCAUUUGCUUUGAUGCUGGGGAACAAAAUUAGCAAAACUAUUGCUUGCUGCCUAGAAGCCAGGGCUAGUUCCUGCGGUUUCUAGUUCCAGUUUUGCUUCUAGCAAGUGGACCCAUCAGUACACCCCUCUGAGCCUGUUUCCUCAUCAGUUAGAUGUGGGGACUCAGCCACAUGCUCUUCAAGGCUGGCUCCCAUAUUUCCUAAUUGCAAGCCAAAUUUAAUGUACCUUGUCCCACAAUAAUUUUUUAUUUAAAAAAAUUCUAUUAUGAAAUAAGACAUACUUUAACAAUUGUCAUUUGCCUCUUUCACAUCAUGAAUUUGCUUUAUGUGCUGGAAAAAAACAUCACAUAGCUAUCACAGGGCCUGGACCUCUAAAAUUUUGCAAAAACAAAAGGUUCUAAGAUGAUUUCAGGAAAUAAUAUGAAUGUGUAAUAAAAUGGAAAUGAAAUAUGGAAUCCUAA